UCCUUCUUCAACAAUAAUUUAUUUCUUUCUCCCUUGAUAUCAAGAAUCUCCCAUCUGUAACUCCCAUGUGUUUGCAUCACAUAUCUUUAUAAAAUUAUAUUCUAUGAUCCCCAACAAUUAAAGGGCUCUCAUCAAAUUUUGUUUUUUCUUCAUCAACCUUAAAUCUUGGAUCUAUACUUCACUUUUUUUAUUUUUAUUUUUAUUUUUAUUUUUUAUUUUCCCAAUGGGUUUCUUUGAAUCAGAUGUUAAGUUUGGUUCACAAGAACUCAUACAUGCUAUUGUCCCAUUAUUAAAACUAUUGUGUCUUACAAUAUUUGGCAUACUUUUAGCCCACCCAAGAACACAAAUUGUCCCAAGAUCAACUUUCAAGCUUCUUAGCAAACUUGUUUUUGCUCUUUUUUUGCCUUGCACAAUCUUUAUCCACUUGGGUGAAUCAGUUUCUGUUCAGAAUCUAGCUCUAUGGUGGUUUAUACCCGUAAACGUGGUAAUCAGUACGGUAUUCGGUUGCCUUUUGGGCCUGCUGGUGGCGGUUAUUUGUCGUCCGCCACCAGAGUUUUUUCGGUUUACGGUUAUAGUAACCGGUUUUGGGAAUACCGGUAAUUUGGUUAUGGCUAUAGUCGGUUCAGUUUGUCAUGAUACCGAUAAUUCUUUUGGUUUGGAUUGUCAGGCAACCGGUACGGCUUACGUGUCAUUAGCUCAAUGGGUGUCGGUGCUUUUGGUGUAUACUUUGGUUUAUCAUAUGAUGGAGCCACCUAUGGAGUAUUACGAGGUUGUGGAGGAGGAGGAUGAUGGGGAGAUUGAGAUCGUUCACGAGAAUUUACCUGUGAACGAUCUCAGUAGGCCACUUCUGCAUGAAGCAGAGUGGCCUGGUAUGGAUGAUAAGGAGACCGUGCAUUGCAAAACCCCGUUUAUAGCACGGGUUUUUGCAAAUGUUUCGGAUUUUUCGGAAACGUCGUUACCGGACCCUGAUUUGUUGCAAGACGGGCGUGAACAUGAGCGUCCGCGAAGCCCUAAAUCGAUUAGGUGUUUAGCUGAGCCGAGGAUGGUUAGAAAGAUAAGAAUUGUAGCCGAGCAAACCCCGGUUCAACAUAUUCUUCAACCACCGACGAUCGCGACGUUUUUAGCUUUAGUCAUAGGAAUGGUUCCGUUUUUGAAAUCUAUAGUGUACGGUGAUGACGCGCCUCUAUCGUUCCUGACCGAUAGUCUAGACAUAGUGGCCGGAGCCAUGGUGCCUUCGGUUAUGUUGGUUUUAGGAGGGAUGAUAGCCGAGGGUCCUAACGAGUCUCGACUCGGGAUCCGGACCACUAUUGGGAUUCUAGUCGCGAGGCUUUUGGUGCUCCCGACGCUAGGAAUUGGGGUCGUGUUGUUAGCUGAUAAAAUGAACUUGUUGAUCCAUGGCGACCGGAUGUUUCAAUUCGUGCUUUUGUUGCAAUACACGACACCAAGUGCGAUCUUAUUUGGUGCGAUCGCUAGUUUGAGGGGCUACGCGGUUAGUGAAGCCUCGGCGAUCCUGUUUUGGCAACACGUUGUCGCGUUGUUUUCUCUUUCGAUGUAUUCCGUAAUCUACUUUAAGUUGUUGCUUAUAGAAUGAUUUAUGAUCUCUACACAUAUUUAUUUGUUGGAAUUGUUUCAUGAGACAUGUUGCAUUGGUAACUUGUACACAUUGCAUUGGUAGUUGUACACCACUAUGGAUUUGGGAAUGUUUUACUAGAGGUAUAUAUAGAUCUUGCACCAAACUAUGAAUUUCUAAAGAA